AUGACUUCCUCAGUUGCGGCAAAGACCAGACCCCUACCUCCUGGAAUCUUUUGUCCAGUAAUAUCCCUUUACAAAUCAACACCUCGACAAGAAAUCGACUAUGAAGCCUCAUACAAAUACUUCUCCUACCUGAUCCGCGGAGGCGUUGACGGCCUUGUUUUGGGUGGAACAACAGCGGAGGCAGUUUUACUCUCCCCAUCAGAACGACAAGAAUUAAUCAAGACCGCUCGACGUGCCGCUGUAGACCUGGGGUUUGACAAUUUCCCACUGGUAGCUGGUAUCAGUGGACAGUCCACCAAUGAAUCGAUACGUUUGACACAGGAAGCUCGCGAGGCAGGAGCAGAUUUCGGGCUCUUGUUGCCCCCCAGCUAUUGGGCUAAAGCUGUAACGAAGGACGUUAUCAUCGACUUUUACAAGGACGUUGCGAAUGAAAGCAUUCUUCCCAUCGUCAUCUACAGUUUCCCCGCAGUUUGCAAUGGAGUGGACAUGAAUUCGGAUGUCAUGUCGACGCUGGCCCAGCAUCCCAACAUUGUCGGUGUCAAGCUGACCUGUGGAAAUGCGGGUAAGGUCACACGGCUUACUCAAGAGUACUCGCAUGAACAGUUCAGUGUCUAUGCGGGCUCAUCAGAUUGGCUCAUUCCCUGCCUGAGUGGUGGUGGAUCAGGUUGUGUCACAGGAAUAGGCAAUGUCUUCCCUAAGUCGGUCGCUCGGCUAUAUGCUCUGUGGAAGGAGGGAAAGGUACAGGAUGCCAUGAAGCUGCAGGGCUUAGUUGCACAAGCUGAAAAGGCCUGUAAAGAGGGUAUCGCCCCAACUAAGUUUGCGGCAGCGCAUUUUGCAGGGCCCCUGGCAGGCGUGACGGAAGCUGAGGCAUUUUGGCCCCGAAAGCCUUAUAAGCCGUCACCACAAGGUAUGCAAGACUGGGUUGUGAAUGUAAUGCAACAUUUAGUCGAGAUGGAGAAUUCUCUACCGGAUGUAUCUGGUCCCGGUAGGGCUCAAUAA